GCCGGCCGGCGGCGUCUAGGCGGAAGGAACGUAGGCGGAGGCCCUGGGAAUCUACCCACGUGGUUAGCAAAGUGGGAAUCUGAACUUCUAUCUUUGGGAGGCUGCUGGAGCUGACUUCUUGCUCGGUCAGUCAUUUAGCCUGCCCUUCUUCUUCGUUCCCCUUCCCCGGGACACACCGACUGGAGACUACUUGUUAUAAUGGCUGCCAUUUAUUCUGGUAUAUCCCUUAAACUAAAAAGUAGCAAAACUGCUUGGGAAGACAAACUGAAAUUGGCUCACUUUGCAUGGAUUUCUCAUCAGUGCUUUCUUCCAAAUAAAGAACAAGUGUUACUUGACUGGGCAAGACACAGUCUAGUUACAUAUUACAAGAAAAAAAUUGAACUAAAGGAAGACAUUGUUGAAAGACUUUGGAUCUACCUAGAUAACAUCCUGCACAGCAGAAAAUUACAGAAUCUCAUCAAGAAUGGGAAGACAAUCAACCUUCAUUUUUCUCUAGCCAAGAUCCUAAAUGAAAGAAUAGCCGAGUUUUCUGCUUCAGGUGCUCAAAGAAAUGUGUGUGCUGUGCUGAGCUGCUGCCAGGGCAUUCUCUCCAUACCUGCUCUUGCCAUCAUUUACACAGCCAAGCAUGAGCUGAUGCUGGAAUUACUGAACGAGCUGUGCUGGCUGGCAUGUAGACAUCCAGAAGGAACUUUUAUAUCCCAGUUGUUUGAAGUCCUCCACCUGGCUUUUAGUCAUUAUCUCCUUAUCCAGCGUCAGCAGGUCAAUCCAAACCGCGUGUUUGGGGAAGUGAUUGGACACUUAUUCCAGCCAUGCCUUAUCUUAAGGCACUUGAUUUCUGUUGGUACAUGGUCACAAUGUGACCAAGGUCGUGUGCGGCAGUACCUGAGCAGGGAAGUUCGGAAUCAGAUUGAGUUGGUUAUUCAAGGUGGGAUCUUUCAGCCUGAGUUGCUGUCCUCUUACAAAGAGGAACUUCUAUUGCAAGAGCAGUGCAGGGACAAGAAGAAAGAGACUAUUAAAACUAUCCUGACACCCACCAACACCAUGAUCAACAGACUAGUUGAUGUUGGCUCCUGUGAGCCAUCUCUCCAUAUAGCUGUUGUGGCUAACUCAGUGUCCUUGCUAUAUAAACUCUUUCUGGAGUCUUAUUCUAAGGAAGAAAAUCAACUCAUCUGCUUCCAUUUACUCCCUAAGCUUUUUGGCUGCCUGAGGAUUUCAUGCCUGCCAGAAGAGCAGGUAGAGGCUCUUUCUCUCCCAGACUGGACCAAUGAACUUUUGGUCAUUGAACAACUCCUGAAUUUGGUGGCUAACAACAAUAUCUACAAUGUGGCUGCUGACAGGAUCCGGCACAAAGAGAUCCAGUUCCAGUUUUACCGCCAACUUGCUGAACUCUUGAUAAAACAUUCACAGGCCUCUGUACCAGCUUGGUUCCGAUGUCUCAAGACCUUGAUUUCCUUGAACCAUCUGAUUGUGGAGCCAGAUCUGGAUGACUUAGUUGCCUCAGCUUGGAUCGAUGCAGAAGUAACUGAGCCUCGAACCAGGAAAUCUCAGGAAGCUCUCAUCAAUGCACUGUUCCAGACUUAUGCUAAACUCAGACAGGUGCCUCGGUUGUUUGAAGAAGUUUUGGCUGUGAUCUGUCGGCCAGCUGCUGAGCAUCUGAGGCAACCUGUUUUGACUUUGAACCUGACAAUAGUGCUUCGGGAUUGUCUCAUGGAGUUGCCUCCAAAUCAGAUCCUGGAUACUUGGUCCCUUCUGUUAGAAAAAUGCCAGGCAUUAGUGCUACCUUAUGUGAAGGAUGAUUCUGACAUGGCCCUCAAGUUGCUAUCUCUGAGUUUAUUGCUGCAUGGUAUCUUAUUUAGCAUGAAAUGUUUGGAUAGUGGCACUCCAUUACCUGUUGUCAAGUGCACUCAGCGAGUGAUGGAGAAAAUGCUUCAAGAGAUCAUUCAACCAAUGCUUGACCUUCUAAACAAUUACCAGGUCCAGACUUCAAAGCUUGAUUUGUGGCUAGAGAAGGUCAGGGAUUCUGCACUCCUGCUAUCCUAUACAUGGGCAGAAAUUGACACUAUGCUUAGUUUGAACUGCAGGCAAUAUGUCCCUGUAGUGGGGGCUCCUACAGGCACCUCCACCGAGAGACUGAGCCUCUCUUCAUUCCUUGCAGGUCUCAAUAUGGAACAGUGGGAAAAACUACAAGAACUUACAGAUCAUUUUGAUUUCACUAGCAGAUAUUGCUUAGAGCUGCUAUAUAUGCAGAAAAUGAAAAGAACAUUAAUGCAAAUGACUUUUCAAUCUGAAAUGGAUCUCCAAACUCUAAGGGACGAUGCUGCUUUUAUCCUCUGUUCUGGCAAAAAAAGCAUGAGACGAGGGGAGAUAUCUAUGUGGAAUCACCAAAUAGGGACAUUGAAUGCUUCCUCUUACCCAGUCGCUCACUGGCACUUGAUUGUGUCAAAUCUUACAAUUCUUAUUUCCUAUCUCUCUUUAGAUGAUGUGACAUAUAUAGCCAACAUACUGCUUAGGACUUUGCCCACCACUAAAGCCCAUGCUAAUUCAGCAGAUGAAGAAUCAUCUCUCACAAUUGGACAAGUGUCCCAAGCUUUGUUUCACAGUCCUCUUUUCCCAGAAAUGCAGUCCCUCCACUCUGCUUUCUUGAGCUGUGUAAUUGAAAGGUGCACUAAAAUUCUAUUUUCUGGCAACCAUAAUGACAAGAAAUCCCUAAGUCAACAGCUACCAUGGCUUUUUGAAAAGGAUCACAUAAUCAUAACUCAGUGGCAAAUCAAAUCUGAAAAAGAUGGAACUGAACCUUUGGAAUCAAAGGAAGAAGUUGCUCAGAACUUACUAACAUUAGCAAAGGCAGAUAUCCCUAUUAUUUUGAAUGGAGACCAACUGGAAAGAAUCAUGGAUAUACUGGAAUUUUUUUCUGUUUUAAAACUGGACUCUCUCUUGCCAUCAUACCACGUACAUUGUUUUCUUCUGUUACUCUCUAUGGCAACAAACACCAAAGCUGAUAGCUCUCGCUCUGUAACACAGAGUCUCAAAUUUCUAAUGACUUGUUACCAACUUCUUGAUUAUUUGCAAAGAGGCAAAAAUGCCCGUUUAAUGUUUAAAAUAAUGUAUGCUAGUGAUAUAUUUGAGGUCAUAUUAACUUCACUGUUUAAUGUGGGCAAGAGAUUUGUUAUUGAUGUGGACACACCUUCCUGGUUGGAAUUUCUCCAGGUAGUAGGGACUUUCUUAGAACAUUUUUUUGAGGUGACAAUUCAGUUAAAGCUGAGCCUGGUCCUCAAUUUUGAGAAAAUCUUAUCAUUUCUCUCAAGCAGCACAACACACACAGAAAAAACUUCAGAAAAGUGGUUAGAAAACCUAGACUUCCCAAGCAGGCAACUUCUUUUGGUGUCUUUAACUAAAUUGUGCCAGAUUUUGAGUCAUUAUGUUGAGCAGAAGAAGUUCUCAAGUAGGCUACCUGAUUUGUUGCAGGAAGCCAUUCUCUAUACUGGAGUAUUUAUCCAGCAUUGCUCUGAGGACAGUGCCAAAAAUUGGCUCCUUCCUUCAGUCUUGAUUUCAUCUGUCACUACUCUCCUUGAAGUUGAACUGAGCCAUCAGUCAAGAGUCAGAGAUGCAACAUGUUCAGAAACCAAUGAUAGCAUACUGCUUUCCCAUACUGUUUUGUAUAGGAAAGUUUAUUCUCAGAUAUUGACAGAAUUGCCUAGUCUGGCAGCAAAUGUCCAAUCAUUCAAGUUAGCCUUGCAGUUUUUAACAUUGUUCUCCUUGACUGCAGAGUUGCAUCCUAGUGAGGAUACAGUUUUCAUUUCCAUAUUUCAUUCCAUAAAAAGAGUACUUGCUGAUCCUGGAAUACAGGUAAAUCAGGAUGUAGAACCUCAUAUGGUGACAUUGUUUAACCAGUUGCUGGUUGAAGGUACUGCUGAAGAGUUUCAAAUGAUAAUGCAGCAUAUACUCCAGGGUCUAGAAAUCAGUAACAUUUGGAGACCAAAUAUAAACGACAUUUUGUCAGCUAUUAAAUUGAUCAAAUUGCUUCUCAAAUGCCCUUCAAAUGGAGAGAAAAUAAGAUCUUUUUGGGUGGUUUGCCCUCAGAUAAUCUCAGCUUUAUCUUUUCAGAACAAAGAAGCUUGUCAGGACCAGUCCUUGCUUCUCACUGUUGUUGUGCCCAUUUUAGACACAGUGGCUUCUUUACUUCGUCAAGGAGAAAACAUAAUUAAAAAUCCACAUCAUGUCAGCCUGGCAUUCAGUAUUCUUUUGGCUGUCCCUUUGGAUCACCUGAAGCCCCAGGAAUACAGUAGCAUCUUCUUAGGAAUACAUGAAGUACUCUUUUCCAUCCUGCAGUGUCACUCAAAGGUGAUGCUGAAGGCUCUUCCCUCUUUUCUGAACAGUUUUUACAGACUGGUAUUUUCAAUUAUGCAUGAAGGACGUCAGAAAGACAGAGGGAAUGUGGAAGAUCUGACUGUAGUUCUGGAAUGUGCACGCUUGGUAGAAAGAAUGUAUAGCCAUAUAGCUGCAAAGUCCGAAGACUUUACAAUGUUUUCUUCAUUCAUGGUGGCCCAAUAUGUGAAUGAACUGCAAAAGGUGACCUUGUAUCCAGCUGUGAAGAACCUGCUGAAAGAGGGAAUUUAUCUUAUACUGGACCUCUGCAUUGAACGGGACAUCCAUUUCUUAAGGACCUCAUUACAGCCUGGUGUGAGAGAAGUGUUUAAGGAACUCUACAAUGACUAUAUCAAAUAUCACAAGAAUAAAAACAGAGGGGAGGAAAAAUAUACUGCCUAAUGCAUUUUUGUAAUAGCUUUACAAAAUUGCUAUUACUGAUACAUUAAAAUUGUAUUGGGCUUCUAAAUUAAAGUAUAACUUUUUGUUUAAAGGAUAGAAAAAAAUUAAAAUUUUAUAAUUUAAAUAAAUUAAUAAAAAUCUCAUUGAGUUUAUAUACCAUACCUUACUGUACAUAUUGCUGGAUGCUACUUUUGUAUUAUGUAUAUAUUUAUAUGCUUAGUUUUACUACUAAUUCUAAAGUCAAGAAUUCUGGAAACAGGAUAUAAAAUAUUAUUUCAAUAAAAAAAUUAUGCCCUCAAUCUAAUUUUUACCUAU